UUGAAAUUAUAAAAAGAAUUAUAAUUCACUCUAAUUUUUGCCAUCUCUUUGUCUAUUAUAUUUACUAAAUUACUUAUGUUGUAAUCUAAUUUAUCGUAUAUACUUUAAUACUUCAUUACUUUUAUUUGUUGUGAAAAAGGAUAAUCCAACAUUUACAGUAAUCUAACAACAAUGUCAGCCCCACAGGAUCGCCCUGAACUUUAUGAAGAAGUAAAGUUAUACAAAAAUGCUAGAGAGCGUGAAAAGUAUGACAAUCAAGCUGACUUGUAUGCUGUUGUAAAUACCUUGCAACAUUUGGAAAAAGCAUACAUCAGAGAUUGCGUUACACCCAAAGAAUACACUGCAGCAUGCAGUAAAUUGUUGGUGCAGUACAGAGCAGCAUUCAAACAGGUUCAGAGCGACCAGUACCCUACUAUUGAUGCCUUUGCAAGAGCAUUUCGAUUAGACUGUCCAGCAGCAUUGGAAAGAAUCAAAGAAGACAGACCUAUAACUAUAAAAGAUGAUAAGGGUAAUACGUCAAAGUGCAUUGCCGACAUUGUUUCCUUAUUCAUAACGAUUAUGGAUAAAUUGCGAUUAGAAAUCAAAGCAAUGGAUCAGCUACAUCCAGAUCUCAGAGAUUUAAUGGAUACCAUGAACAGACUGAGCAUAUUACCAAGUGACUUUGAUGGAAAGCAGAAAGUUGCAGAGUGGCUUCAGACGCUGAAUAAUAUGUCAGCAUCCGAUGAACUGUCCGAUACUCAAGUUAGGCAGCUCAUAUUUGACUUGGAAGCGUCUUAUAAUGCUUUUAACAAAGUGCUUCAUAAUUCCUAAUGAUAAAAAAAAAAAACUUGAAUAAUC